GAGCGGGGCCGGAGCGGGAUGCGGGCCGGGAUGCGGGCCGGGGUGCGGGCCGGGGUGCGGGCGCUGGCGGUGCUGCUGUGCGUGCUGCGGGCCGGCGGCACCGAGCUGACCUUCGAGCUGCCCGACAGCGACAAGCAGUGCUUCCACCAGGAGCUGGAGCGCGGCCUCAAGUUCACGCUGGACUACCAGGUGAUCAGUGGGGGACACUACGAUGUGGACUGCUACGUGGAGGACCCCAACGGCAGGACGAUCUACAAGGAGACCAAGAAGCAGUAUGACAGCUUCCCACACCGCACCGAAGUCAAGGGCGUCUACACCUUCUGCUUCAGCAACGAGUUCUCCACCUUCUCCCACAAAACCGUCUACUUCGACUUCCAGGUGGGCAACGAGCCACCAAUCCUGCCCGACAUGAGCAACCGCGUCACUGCCCUGACACAGAUGGAGUCCACCUGUGUCACCAUCCAUGAGGCUCUGAACACCGUGAUCGACUCCCAGACUCACUACCGCCUGCGGGAAGCGCAGGACCGGAGCAGAGCCGAAGACCUCAAUGGCCGGGUCUCGUACUGGUCGGUUGGGGAAACCCUCAUCCUCUUCGUGGUCAGCAUUGGGCAAGUGAUGCUGCUCAAAAGCUUCUUCACCGAGAAGAGACCCGGCAGCGGCGGGGCCGGCACCUAAAGCCGCAGCCCGUUCUGUGCCCGAACUGCGGGGAGGAGCGGGCUGGCAGUGUUCUCCUGGGUUACGCUUUACCUCUGGUUUUCACAACGGGCUGUCGUGGGGAGAUGGCUGGUGGGGAGCAGGGGGCGAUGUGAUGCUGACGAACCAGGUGGAAAAUGGUCACCCAAGCACAGGCAUCCCCCGGCCAAUCCCUCCAGCAUCACCUCCCGCUUUGCCUUCACCUGCCCCACGGCCCCAUCCCCUUGCCCAGCCAGUCUGUCCUCGCCCUCCAGCUUCGCUGCAGCAGCGGGUGGGUGCGCUGGGGUUUGGCAUCAACGCUUUGGCCCCUUGUCUGACGCCUGGUGCACCUUCACAGCCCUGUGUGACUGCAAGGUGGCAGCCCGGCAUCCAGCAAGGCCACACGUUGCCUGCGCACACCCAGCGGGCAGGGAGCUCUGCCCAGGCCAGCGAGGGGACAGGGCAGCGCUGACCCACCCAGCACCCACCUCCCGAGCGCCCCUGCACCGAGCCAAGUGCUGCUAGCCCGGAGGAGAGCUGCCCUGUGGGCUGGGGCUCUCUGCCUGCGGGCAGAGGAGGGGUGAGCACAGCUCCCCUUUUUUGCCCAGGGCAGGCAGGGCGUCCCCCCACAGCUGGGCCAAAGCUGGCAUCACAGCAGCUGCUGGCUCAAAAACAGGGGCAAGGAGCUUUUUGCUUGGUGAUUUCCUAUGCUUUGCAAGCCCCUAUCCUCACAGUGAAGCAUCUCCCAGGCUCUUCUCUGCUGCAGGAGCAAGUGGCAUGCCCCGUUCAGGAUGGCAUUCUCAUACUUCACGAGUCCAUGGCUGGGGCUGUGCCCAGUAGACAGCAGGGGAGAGGGCACAGCUCUGCCCCACCCGUGCCGAGGAAGUCCCAUCCCCGCCCCAGCAGCAGCGAGGACACCCCCAACCCUGGGGCUGCGGCCCCAUUCCCUGUAGCCCCACAAUGCAGAGACCCUCACGAGAGCCCUUGGGAGAGCAGCAUGCCAGCCACUGCCGCCAGCCCUUGAGCAGGCGCAGGAUCGCUCCUCCGGAGCUGGAGCAGCACCACUGGUGUUUUACUUUGCCACUUCCUAAUAAAUCCCUGCGACUGUG